AUGGAUCCUGGACAUGUCUGUUGGUCAGCUCUGGAUCGUUUGCGUAUCUUAUGUGCUGGAGGAACUUCUGAGAUCGGAGAGCGGCCGGUUACUCGAGACGAGCAAUGUGAAAGGGAGCUGGGAUUCCGCUAUCUUAUCUCGUUUUUGGACAUUCAGCCCUUGGCAUCGUUGGGUGCGCUCGUAGUUGUUCCUGCACAUAAGCGGGUCGUUUUCAUAGCAGGAAUGGACUUGCUGGCGAGUACAUCAUGGGGGCUGUUCGCCAAAAGAAUCACUCCAUGGCUUCUGACGACCGGAUUCGUCAAGGACGUGGUUGGUAACAUGUCUGAAGGCAGCCGGAAUGGGACGCAUAUAUCUCCCUUUGGGCCACCGCGGAUUGGCGAUGAGCUGUGA